GCAGCUGCUGGAACCGCACUUCGGGGAGCGGCCAGCUGCACAGCCUCGGCGCUCGCCGCGCUCCGCCCCAACUCUCCUGAGGCGGCCGUACAAUCCUCGGCAGUGUCCUGAGACUGUAUGGUCAUCUCAGCGGCCGCGCCAGCCCGGCCCGGACUCCUGCCAACGCCAGUCGCUUGGGCAACUUCUUUUAGGAAAACCCAGAAAAGCGACUCCUGCUCUAGGGAAGAGGGAACCUGGGAUCCCUUCUCGCGGCUGACAACCUCUUCCCACCCCUUUCCCGACCCCGCCUCCGCGUGCAGGUUCCUCCCCGUCACCUCUCUCCACCCCUUGGCCCCGCACCUAUCUGGCCGCCCGCAAGUUUCCACCUGACUGCGCGCGGCGCUCGGCACCUGCAACCACUUAGGAUCUUUCACUGUGUCCCGGGCCCCAGGAAGCCCACGAGGACCAGCGCGAAGGCAGCGGCUGCAUCCUUCUCUGGCCGGAGAACUCAGGCGCUCGGCGUCUGCGGCGGCCGUGGCGACAAUGACAGCUGACAAGGAGAAGAAAAGGAGUAGCUCGGAGAGGAGGAAGGAGAAGUCCCGCGAUGCGGCGAGGUGCCGGCGGAGCAAGGAGACGGAGGUGUUCUACGAGCUGGCCCACGAGCUGCCCCUGCCGCACAGCGUCAGCUCCCACCUGGACAAGGCCUCCAUCAUGCGGCUGGCCAUCAGCUUCCUGCGGACACACAAGCUCCUCAGCUCAGUGUGCUCGGAAAAUGAGUCUGAAGCCGAGGCUGACCAGCAGAUGGAUAACUUGUACCUGAAAGCCUUGGAGGGCUUCAUUGCCGUGGUGACCCAGGACGGCGACAUGAUCUUCCUGUCGGAAAACAUCAGCAAGUUCAUGGGACUCACGCAGGUGGAGCUGACAGGGCACAGCAUCUUUGACUUCACCCACCCCUGUGACCACGAGGAGAUCCGAGAGAACCUGACUCUCAAAAGUGGCUCUGGUUUUGGGAAGAAAAGCAAAGACAUGUCCACAGAGCGGGAUUUCUUCAUGAGGAUGAAGUGCACGGUCACCAACAGGGGACGGACUGUCAACCUCAAGUCAGCCACCUGGAAGGUCUUGCACUGCACUGGCCAGGUGAAAGUCUACAACAACUGCCCUCCCCACAGCAGUCUCUGUGGCUACAAGGAGCCCCUGCUCUCCUGCCUCAUCAUCAUGUGUGAACCAAUCCAGCACCCGUCCCACAUGGACAUUCCCCUGGACAGCAAGACUUUCCUGAGCCGCCAUAGCAUGGACAUGAAGUUCACCUACUGCGAUGACAGAAUCACAGAACUGAUUGGCUAUCACCCCGAGGAGCUGCUGGGGCGCUCGGCCUACGAGUUCUACCACGCCCUGGACUCUGAGAGCAUGACCAAAAGCCACCAGAACCUGUGCACCAAGGGCCAGGUGGUGAGUGGCCAGUACCGAAUGCUCGCCAAGCACGGGGGCUACGUGUGGCUGGAGACACAGGGGACCGUCAUCUACAACCCGCGCAACCUGCAGCCCCAGUGCAUCAUGUGUGUCAACUACGUCCUGAGCGAGAUCGAGAAGAACGACGUGGUGUUCUCCAUGGACCAGACCGAGUCCCUGUUCAAGCCGCACCUGAUGACCAUGAACAGCAUCUUUGACAGCAGUGGCGAGGUGGCUGUGUCCGAGAAGAGUGACUUCCUGUUCACCAAGCUGAAGGAGGAGCCGGAGGAGCUGGCCCAGCUGGCCCCCACGGCUGGCGAUGCCAUCAUCUCUCUGGAUUUUGGGAGUCAGAGCUUCGAGGACUCUUCUGCCUACAGCAAGGCCAUCCUGCCCCCGGGCCAGCCAUGGGCUGCAGAGAUGAGGACCCACGGCGCCCUGAGCGAGGCUGGGAGCCUGCCCGCCUUCACCGUGCCGCAGGUGGCCGCCCCGGGGAGCACCACCCCCAGCGCCAGCAGCAGCAGCAGCUGCUCCACACCCAGCAGCCCUGGAGACUACUACACCGCCCUGGAGGAUGACCUGAAGAUUGAAAUGAUCGAGAAGCUCUUUGCCAUGGACACAGAGGCAAAGGACCAGUGCAGCGCCCAGACGGACUUCAACGAGCUGGACCUGGAGACGCUGGCGCCCUACAUCCCGAUGGACGGGGAGGACUUCGAGCUGAGCCCCAUCUGCCCCGAGGAGCCCCUCGUGCCCGAGAGCCCGCAGCCCACCCCCCAGCAGUGCUUCAGCACCAUGACCACCAUCUUCCAGCCGCUGGGCCCCACGGCCGCGCCCAGCCCCUUCCUGCUAGAGAAGUAUCCACCACCACUUGAGGGCAAGAAGACAGAGCCCGAGCACCACCCCAUGUCCUCCAUCUUCUUUGAUGCUGGGAGCAAGACAGCCCUGUCUCCGUGCUGUGGCCAGGCUUGCACCCCCCUGUCUUCCAUGGGAGGCAGGUCCAACACCCAGUGGCCCCCGGAUCCACCAUUACAUCUCGGGCCCACAGACUGGCCUGCUGGGAACCAGCACACGGAACCCUUGGGGGCAUCGCCUUUGGGACCCCCAGUUGCCGUGCCCAACGUCUCCAUGUUCAAGACGAGGUCUGCCAAGGGCUUCAGGCCCCAGGCCCCAGACGCAAUGAGCCCGGCCGUGGUGGCCCUGUCCAGCAAGCUGAAGCUGAAGCGCCAGCUGGAAUACGAGAAGCAAGCCUUCCAGGAUGGGGACCCGCCUGGCAGCAACGCUUCCCACUUGUGGAAACGGAUGAAGAGCCUCCAGGGAGGGGGCUGCCCUCUGACGCCGGACAGGGGACUGGACGCUAACGGCCCCUCGGAUGAGUUCAUGCAAACCCCCGCCAGGGGCCUGGGGCAGCCCCUGAGACACCUGCCGCCACCACCAUCCACCCUGAGCCCAGGGGACAACUGCAGCAGCGGACUCAUCCCGCAGUGUUUCGCCCCCCAGUACCAGGACUACAACCUGCCUUUGGCUCACAAGAUGUCAGGCCUGGCAAGCCAGCUGCUCGGGCCCUCGUUUGAGCCCUACCUGCUGCCCGAACUGACCAGAUAUGACUGUGAGGUGAACGUUCCUGUGCCGGGAAGCUCCACGCUCCUGCAGGGCGGAGACCUGCUCAGGGCCCUGGACCAGGCCACCUGAGCCAGGGCCUCCUGCGGGGCCGGGGCCCAGCCCCGCCGACGCCGUCCCGCAGCGUCCCUCUCUACGGCUGUUUUUGCAACUAGGUAUUUCUAACACCAGCACACCUUUUACGAGAUGUACUUACCUGGCAGCUUUGCCCAGGUCACCACGCAGUGGCCUUCGAGACGCCCACUCUGCCAUCCAUCCUUUUUAAAAACACCAUCGUGUUCACCUGCUCUGUUUUGCUGUCAAGGAAAACGUUCAGUUUUGUAAGAUUUUUGCCUCCCUCCCUCCCCCCACCCCCUGACUUCUAAUUUAUAUUCUCCGUAGCUGUCUGUCUCCCCCCCCCACCCCCACCCCGUCUCUACACUAACAGGUUCAGUGGCGGCUCGCGGUCCUCCAGGGACGGCGGCGGCUUCAUUGGACUCAAAAGGUUUUCUGUUGUUGUUGCCAAAGAGACACAAAUGAUUUUGCUUUCUGCGCUUCCUCCACGCCCCCCACCCCCACCCCGAGCCCUCCUGUUUUCUUUUUCAAAACUAAUCACUUUAUGGGUAAAGUUCAGUCUUUCUGAAGCCAACCCCCUGCUGCGACUUGGAAAAACCAAUGUGAAGGGUGAACUCGGACGCGUGGUUUCCUGCGAAAGUUACCCGGCGCGGCUCCUCCUGACCUCUGCGGUGUUUCCCCUCCAUUCUGGCAGAUUUUUUAAUAUUAUUAUUCAAAAAGCAUAACUGAGGUUCUUUAAAAAAAUUUAUAUCUGGGUGAAGUGUUUCUUAUCAUAUAUAUGGGUACUUUGUGAUAUCUUAAAAACUUACAAACGGAACCCGGUUCAUACAAUCACCGUAAGACCUUUUGUAAGCUGUUUUCUCUUUCUCGGUGUUGCCAACACGGCAGGACUGUACGGUAGUGCCACAGGCCUGUACUAACCCUGCUAAAGCUCUCCCCCUGCCUCUCUCUCCCGUUGGCUUUGUGCUCUGCAACAGGCCACAGGGGUUGCGAACCACGUUCGUGGGGUGUUGGCCACCAUCUCCCCUCCCUGUGUGUGUGUGCUGAUCGCGCCCGCCAGGGUCUGACGGCACGUGCUGGGAGAACACUGACGGAGGGGGCGCUGUCACUCCUGAGGUUUUGUGGCUGGCCCUUCAAGUGCACUGAGCUACGUCACUUCCAAAGGCCUUGCAUGCAGCACACUAGGAUAGUUGCAGAAGUACUAUGAAAUGGUUUAGAUGGGUACUCCCGUGAGUCAGGAUUCAGAAAUGGUGUAGUGACCUGGUGCACAUCCUCCUGGCUCAGGGUCUUGGAGCUAGACUGAGAGGGCACCAAAGGGAGGGCAGUGGGUCCUGACCAGCCCCAGCUGGGUACCCCUCCAGCCUGCUGCAGGCAGGCGGCCUUGCAAGGCCUAGGUGCAACACCCCACUGCUGGCAAGCAGUAGGCAGAGCUCCAGGGCCAGCCCAAAGCCUCAGGCCCUUGCUGGGGUCUCCUUGUCACAGGAAGUGACGCGUAUAGGUAGGAAGCACUGUGUAUCUCACUGGGGAAGAAGAACAGCACCUUUUGGUUUUCAAUGCCAUCUCCAUGGAACUCCUCUGUCGUGGGUACAAUGAAGUUGCUAAAAAAGAAAAAAAAUGCACACAAAGCCCAUCAGACCAAGAAUCUGGUAAGCCCAGACAGACUAACUGCCAAUCACAGAAAGUUACUUACAAAAGAAACCUAAGUUCGAUGAGGAACAGGCGCACGGCGGCAGAACUUGAAGGGUUCCUGAGAGGUCAGCGCUGGUAUUUGAUUUCCUGUGUGUGUUGCCUCAGCAUUAAGGGCAUUCUACCCUCGCAGUUGUACUAAGACACUCUGAAAAGUAUCCCAAGCUUUGUAUUAACCUUAUCUGUCAAUGUAAUGAUUUCAUGAACAUUAUUAUAUUGUCAAAUUCCUACUGACAACAUUAUAACUGUAUGGGAGCUUAACUUUAUAAAGAAAUGUAUUUUGACACUGAUAUCGUAUUAAAGUAUUCUGAUCCUA